AAACAUCUUUCUAAGAACCUGGACCGACGAAGGGCAAGUUACGGUCAGGCACACAUCCAUCCAGGCUGAAAUGGAAGCCAAAUCUUCAACCCGCAUCUUUAACAAUGCCCUACGCCCAAUGUCCUCCGCCGGCGCGGAUUCUCCGGCCGGCGAACCUAGUGUCGUUUUUCGCAAAGGGGUUUCUCUCUCUGCCUCUCGUGGCACCUUGCCUGAACCAGCAUCUCUUGAUCAUAGGGCGGUUAAGGAGCCGGAGCGCACUCUCGAGAGAGGGUUGUUGAGUAGAAGAAACUGUCAGUUCAAAAGCCCAAUGCUUCAGCUUCAUAAAGAGAUACUGGAUUUUAGUGAUUUCCUAUCCCCAACUCCUGAAGAACGAGAACUAAGACAUUCAGCAGUUGCUCGUGUAUUUGAUGUUAUUAGACGCAUAUGGCCAAACAGCAAGGGAGAGGUUUUUGGAUCAUUCAGGACAGGCUUGUACCUUCCAACAAGUGAUAUUGAUGUUGUGAUUUUGGGGUCAGAAAUCAGAACUCAUCAUGCUCUGAAUGAUCUUUCUGAUGCACUGUCUCGAGAAGGCAUUGCAAAGAAUAUAAAGGUGAUUGCAAAAGCACGAAUACCAAUCAUCAAAUUUGUAGAGACGAGAAGUGAGAUUCCAUUUGAUAUAAGCUUUAAUGUGGAAAAUGGACCUAAGGCAGCAGAUUUCAUAAAGGAUGCAGUAGCUAGAUGGCCUCCAUUACGACCAUUGUGUUUGGUCUUGAAAGUUUUUCUACAGCAAAGAGAUCUAAAUGAGGUCUACACGGGUGGAAUUGGUUCAUAUGCACUCCUCACCAUGCUCAUUGCAAUGCUUCGGAAUUUGAGCCAGUAUGAAACUCGAGAACAGAACCUAGGAAUCCUUUUGGUACAUUUUUUUGAAAUUUACGGAUGCAAAUUAAACAUAUCUAAUGUUGGAGUAUCAUGCAAUCGAACAGGGACAUUCUUCAACAAAAGUAGCAUAGGGUGUUCAUCUAUUGGGCAGACAUUCUCCCUCUGCCUUGAGGAUCCACAGGCGCCUGAAAAUGAUAUCGGGAAGAACUCAUUUAAUUUCUUCCAGGUUCGAUCUGCAUUUUCCAUGGCUUUAUCAACAAUUACAAAUGUAAAGACCAUUAUUAGUCUUGGCAGCAGUAAGAGCAUACUAGGUACCAUAAUAAGGCCCGACAGAGUAUUGUUGGCGCGUAAAGGAGGCUAUAAUGGAGAUAUGACGUUUGAAGAGACACUUCCCGGGUCAGAAGACCAACUAAUGAAUUAUCAUUUAGAAGAGAUUUACAAUGAUACCAGUGAUGAUUCAUCUAGAUCCUCAACGUCUGAGGAAACAAGAAAAACAAAGAAGAUGAGAAGAUUCUGAAUGUAUUAACUAUUCAAAUCAUUUACACCAUUUACAAUUGUUGUUUAUAAGAUCUCAUUUUCUAGGA